CAGUUUUACUAUGUUCUGACCGUAAUCUACGCCCCGAUGGUCCUCACCGUCAAGAUAACCCUGCUCUCCAUCCUAGCGCGCAUCUUCACCAUCCGCCACGUGCACGUCAUCAGCGUGUACUCGGUGCUGGUGGUGACGGUGAUCUACUACACGAUCAUCUUCUUCAUCAAGGUCUUCAUCUGCCUGCCGGUCUCGUACUUCUGGACCCACUACGACGAGGAAGCGCAGUGCCUAAAUAAAACGGCCGUGAUCCUCGCCGACGCGGUGAUGAGCAUCGCCACGGAUCUGGCCAUCAUGCUGCUCCCGGCCUUCCUGACCAUCACGCUGCACCUCUCGCACGUCAAGAAGCUCAAGGUCUCGCUGAUGAUGGGCUGCGGCGGGCUGGCGAUCGGGUUCAGCAUCUACCGCCUCGUGCUGGUCAUCCACGAGGAGGAUAACCUGGAGUCAACCAUCGUAUACUUGAAGAUCUUACUGUCGGGUAAUGCGGAAGGCGGAUUCGCCCUCAUCUGCUCGUGUAUCCCCGCGAUCCAUAUCCUGAUCACUCGA